AUGGCCGAAGCUCAGUCCCCCGAUGUCAGCGCACCCGAGGCCACCAAGCCGGAACUCAGCAAUGAAAAUGCAUCGGCCGAGGAUGCGGGCGUGACAUCGGAGCCAGCUGCACCCGCUGCAAGUGAGCCGCAAAAGCCAGCCAGUUCCGAGCCAUCAGCCCCAUCUAGCACCGAGGAUGCAGACGAUGACGAUUUCGACGAUGAAAUCGACGAGGAGAGCCUCAAGCCGCGUGGGAAGCCAGUAUACCCCUCCGCGAAUACCAAGCAAGGAGCUAAACGCUGA